AAGUACUUGUGGUUUGCCUUUGGUUUUCUUUUAUUUUAUUACCUCGAAAUCACUCUAAAAACUAAAUAUAAAUUAUAUCAAAUAAUAAAUACUUAUUAAACAGGUAUCAAAACCAUUGGUGCUAUUUAUAGUAUAUUAAGUGAACCUACAUGUAUAAUAAUUAAACUACGGGGUUCAAAAAUAUUAAGGAACAUAAUGAGUUUUUUAUUCGGCAGCCGGUCUAACAAGACAUUUAAACCCAAAAAGAACAUACCCGAGGGCACACAUCAAUAUGACUUAAUGCGACACGCGGCCGCAACACUAGGGUCUGGUAAUUUGCGGCUAGCUGUUAUGCUACCAGAAGGCGAGGACCUCAAUGAGUGGGUCGCAGUUAACACUGUGGAUUUUUUUAAUCAAAUUAAUAUGCUAUAUGGAACAAUAACGGAGUUCUGUACUGAGGAAUCCUGUGCUGUAAUGUCAGCGGGGCCUAAAUAUGAAUAUCAUUGGGCAGAUGGUCACACUGUGAAAAAGCCCAUCAAGUGUUCUGCACCUAAGUACAUUGACUACCUUAUGACCUGGGCACAAGAUCAACUUGAUGAUGAAACAUUGUUCCCAUCUAAAAUAGGUGUGCCAUUUCCUAAGAACUUUCUAUCAAUGGCAAAGACAAUCCUGAAGCGUUUGUUUCGCGUUUAUGCGCAUAUCUACCACCAGCACUUUCCACAAGUUGUCCAGCUAGGUGAAGAGGCUCACCUUAACACUUCAUUUAAGCACUUCAUCUUCUUUGUUCAGGAAUUCAACCUGAUUGAGCGGCGUGAGCUGGCACCCCUGCAGGAACUCAUUGAAAAGCUUACAGCCAAGGACACUCGAUGAACCCCUCAAUGACACUAAAGCAUCAACAUAACACCAACAUUUGUCACACACAUAGCAAUGAAUUAUUUUUGUCUCGUAUUUAUACUUAAAAAAAUUAUAUUCAAAUAAUCUUACAAGACUUGCACUAAAAUAGCUAGUUUGUUAUUGUGGGUAAAUGACGACUGAGGGAUCUUCUUUACAAGUACUGUGCAAUAUAUCGCUACAGAAUAGCAAAUACUAUGUAUGAAUUUUAUAUUUGAGGUAAUCAUUAUCAAAUUCUUAGAGUAUGUGACAAAAUUUUGACCAAAAUGAUCUGAUGACUAAUUUUUGUUGUGUAUUAUAAGAUUUGAAUUAAUUUCAUAUUUUUUACAUGGAGUAUUAUUAUUAUAUGUAAAAAAAAGCAGCAAUUUUGUAUAAAAGGGAUGGCUACAAUCUAUGUAUAAAGUUAUUGAAUAAUCAAUUUACUGUGCAAGUUUCAAUGAAGUAGACAUCCAGGAUGACACUGCCUUCUGUCGAGAUUAGAUAUAGAAACCUAUUUAUAUUGAAAGAUGAUUUAGAUUUGAUAUACAUAAUACAUGUAAGACUAUUUCAAUUACUAGGCAUAGUCCAGGAACAUGUCUUUACUAAAAUACUCAAAUAUGAAUUAAUGAUUUGCGUAGUCAAAUUAGAAUCACUAUUAAGUACUCCUGAAUUUGACUGUUUUGUAUAUAAAAUUUGAAUAUUAAUUUGCUGAAAUUGGCAAACAUGAAAGGAGAUGACACUAUAAUUAAUAGAAAUGGAGGCCCUUGUGAUACAUAAUUUUGUUUUGAAAAGAAAUCAGUCAUUUACGGAAUGGGUUGCAUUUAAAAAAUGGACUUUAUACCACAUGCAUUAAACAAGACCUGUCAAACUUGUCGAAUGCGAAAACUUUUAUAGACAGCCCUACAAGCUUGACACAAUUCUUAAGACAAAAUUUAUUUGGCACCCGCUGUACAUUGUGCCCUAUUAUGAAUUUUUGCAUUGGCCCCAAUAAAAACGCUUAGUUUAAGUUCCUUAUUUAUUUAUUGUAUCAGUUGAUAUGAGUGCAAUUGCAUUCGAAUUAUACUUAAUUUUUUGUAAAGAGCUAUUUAAUUAACAAAAUAAUAUCUAAGUAAAAUGUGUUUUAUUUGCACCUCUCAUUAAUCAUUUAUUCUUUUGACGCCAUAAGGUACCAAUGAAAUACAUUUAUUAUUCCAUCAUAUUGCGGUGCA